CGCGCCGCGCGGAGCACGGGCAGGGCCAGGCUCCGAGAGCCCUGGCCGCUUCCCUGCCCGCCGUCGCACCGCAUGCAACUGGUGGGCUCCCCCUCCUCCUGCCAGGAGCCGCCCGCUGCUCCCUCCACAGCCGCGCCAGCAGGGCAGCCCCCAAGAAAGGCUCACUUCGGAGCAGAGGGGGCGCGGGGGCUUGCAAAGGGGGGGAGGGGGGGGGGGGGACGACCCCCCGCUGCGGCUGGCUUUCCCCACUAUGCAGGCGGCUGCCCAGCGGCAGCGGCGGCUGCAGGCGGGCGGCGGGCAGAGGCAGCCGCCGCGCGCAGCGUGAGGGCAGAGCUCGGCUCCGUUCCCAAGGAUGCUGGGGGGCGAUGCCUGGCGGCAGGGAGGACGAGAUUUGUCACAGAGCGCUGCAGCUGCUGGCCGAGCUCUGCUCCAGCGGGGCGCUGGAGAACGACAACUGCCUGGAUUUCGUCUACGACUUGCGGGACAGAGCCCGACCCCGCCUCACGGACUCAGAUAUCUCAGUAAGCUUGCUGUCCUUAGUUGUCACAGCCUGUGGACUUGCUCUCUUUGGUGUGUCUCUGUUUGUGUCCUGGAAGCUUUGCUGGAUCCCUUGGCGAGAACGUGGCCUGCCCUCUGGGAGCAAAGACAACAAGCAGGAAUCGCUGAACUAUACAGACACAGAGACCAAUGACCAUGAAUACAGUGAGGAUUACCUGGGGCAGCCCACUUCCUACCCGGAGUCCUCCCUGAAGAUUAGCCACACCUCCCCUGAUAUUCCAUUAGAUGCUCUGGCAGGGAUCAAGGAGAAUUGUGUGCACAAUGUCCGAAUGCAUCGCCAAAUCACAGAACCAACCUCUUCUGCUCGGCACAAUUCAAUCCGAAGACAGCUCAAUCUCUCGAACCCUGACUUCAACAUCCAGCAGCUUCAAAAACAGGAGCAGCUGACAGGGAUUGGACGCAUUAAGCCAGAGUUGUAUAAGCAAAGAUCAGUGGAUACCGAUGAUGGCCGGAGGAAUAACAGCAAGGCCUGUGGGAAACUCAACUUCAUUUUGAAAUAUGAUUGUGAUUUAGAGCAGUUGAUAGUGAAGAUUCACAAAGCUGUCAACCUGCCAGCAAAGGACUUUUCUGGAACUUCAGACCCUUAUGUGAAGAUCUAUUUGCUUCCAGAUAGAAAAACAAAACAACAGACUAAAGUGCAUAGAAAGACACUAAACCCAGUGUUUGAUGAAGUUUUUUUAUUUCCCGUUCCAUACAAUGAUCUGACCACAAGGAAACUCCACUUCUCUGUGUAUGACUUUGACAGAUUCUCCAGGCAUGACUUGAUUGGCCAAGUGAUAGUGGAUAAUUUUUUAGAUUUGGCAGACUUUCCCAGGGAAAGUAAUAUUUGGAGGGAUAUUGAGUAUGUCACCAAUGACAAUGUGGAUCUUGGUGACUUGAUGUUCUCACUCUGCUACCUUCCAACAGCUGGCAGAUUAACUAUUACCAUAAUAAAGGCUAGGAAUUUAAAGGCAAUGGACAUAACAGGAGCAUCAGAUCCCUACGUGAAGGUUUCUUUAAUGUGCGAAGGACGGCGGCUAAAGAAAAGGAAAACGUCCACCAAGAGGAAUACCCUCAAUCCUGUUUACAAUGAAGCCAUAGUCUUUGAUGUCCCUCCGGAAAACAUUGACCAGAUUAACUUGUCAAUAGCAGUUAUGGAUUAUGACCGUGUAGGUCACAAUGAGGUCAUUGGAGUGUGUCAAAUAGGCAACAAUGCAGAGAGCCUAGGCCGGGACCACUGGAAUGAAAUGCUUUCGUAUCCUCGGAAACCGAUUGCUCAUUGGCAUCCCCUUGCAGAGGGGCCUAUUCAGCAGAAAUGUUAUGCAGGCCUUCUGCGCAUGGAUGGCUGCCGAAGAGGCUUCCUCACCCUUUUAACCUAUUCAGCAGAAAUUUGGCAUUCCUGUUGAUCUCUUUCUUAGCCAUUUCCUCAGGGGCCAUUCCGCAGAGAGUCCAGAGGGGUACAGACAUCCUUCUAACCCCUCCCCCUCACUCCCUUCCCUCCCCAGGGAAUACUAAUCCUGAUUCAUGAGACACAAAAAAAAAAUCAUAGACACAGCUAUAUCUAGAUUUCUGAAAGCUACCACCAUUUAGUUCUAAUCUAGGCAAAUGUACUGUUAUCCACAUACAACAGUAAUAGUGGCCUCUGCUGUAAGCUAGGAAUUACUUUUAUUGUUACAUGUAUUGUUUAAAUUCAGAUGGCAAAGCAUGUUCACACCCAUUUCCAGUGGCUUAGGGAUAUAAAUAUGGUAGCCUGUUUAACAACUAGCAUGCUAACCCUCAGUGCAGAAGGAUGGGAAGGCCUGCCAUAUUGAUAUUUCUAGCCAGCAGCCACAAUGCCCAUUAGUUAUCCAAAGAUAUGAUUAGUGGGCAGCCUCUCUAUGUAUGUCGUAUUGAUUAGAAUGUAAUUGGGGAUGCUUACAGUGAUAUAGCAGUUUUGCUAAAUUAUAGGUGUCAACCAUAGAUGGCUUCAUUAGACAGUUGGCAAGUACCAGGAAGCCCCUGUACAAUGAUAGCAGUAUCCUAUUGGGACUGCAUCUCCAUGACUGAUCAUGUUUAGUAAUGGGUCCCACUGCAGUUCAGUCUGCAUGUCUGGGACCUCUGAGUGCCCACAAACUGCUUGAAUUAAUGGAGUGGAAGAUUAUGGCACCUGGAAAUAGUUCAGGCAAGGUGGUGAAGUUCAGCACACAAAGCUCUGGGCUCACUGAGAAGCUGAAGACAUGAUCAGUAGCACUUUAUUCCUUUUCAUGACAAUGCAAGAGCCAAAAUUGUGCUUUGCUCCGAUUGAGCUGGGCUUGGAAAACAGAGCACCCUGCUCUUAACUGUAGUCAAACAAUGACACGAGUGGCUUGACAGAACCCUCGUGGAGCAUUGUAAACCAGCAUGACAAUGUCUAUUAGCAGAGGUUAUGCACGCCCUUACAUCAAACCUGUGUUUCCCUCUUUGAGGGCGAUGAGCUGCAGAAGUCUUGUUCAUAGAAAAGAGAGGGCUGUCAGAAUCUAAUUGACAUCACUAUUCUCUCAGCACAUGCUCAGUUGAGUCCUUCUGCGGUCAUUAAUGUGAGUCACUUUACAUCUACCUGAGCUACAAAGAGGCAUAUAUUUGUAAUUCCCAAGAAUCUAGUGAGGGAGGGUGCCCAAAGCAUCCAAGCUGUGCACAGAAAUAUUUAUACAAACAACAUAUAAUUUUGGGUUCUGAAUCAGGAUUAGGCUCAGUGAUAGCUGAGCUCUGGAAGCUUCUAGAGCCUCUGUGGCCAGAGCCAUAAGACUCUGACUAUUUGCUGAAUAGGACCCUCAGUUUUCAAACGAAUGUUUCAACUAUGUGAAGAGUGGUUUGUUUAGAUAGUCUAACAGUAUCCGCGAGUAACAGUAACAGCCAGAGGCUUUGGUGGUACCUACGAAUUACUGGUACGGACACUAGCAUUGCCCAAAUUCAGAUGGUAAGCCACAUUCAUGCCCAUUUCCAGAGAUUCAUGGAAGUAGUUUGGUUUUAACAGCAAGCCUGAUAGCAAUGGAAAUCAGCAAGCAGUGUGAUUUGCAGCUGGGUGCAGCAACCAGUUUGAUUAAUAUAUUCAAUAUUUUUCAAACAAACAAACAAAAAAAGAAUGCUGUGCUGGAUAUUCUUGCAAAUACAUUUCUUCAAGAUUGAUUGUCAUUAUACCUUUAUAUUGUGGUCGCGCCUCGAGGUCCUAAUAAGGAUUGGUGUCCCCUCUCACCCUGUACAAAAACCCAGGUUAACAUGGUUCCUGCCCCAAAGACCUUAUAAUCUAAGAAAUUAAAGAAGGAGCUACUGUCUGUAGGGCAAGAAUGAGACAGGUACGGCAACCUUAGUGACACAAUGUUCCCUCAGCAAGAAGGAGAAUAAGUAGGAUUGUGUUUGUAUUUUAUGUAGCCUGUAAAUCCUCAUUGCUCUUUGCAGAUCAGUUUUCAACAGCUGUCUCAGUUAUAUAGGUAACAUUGAAUAAGACAGAUUUGUUCACCUCUGUAUAAAAUAGGUGCAGGUCACAGGUGGCUCUGCCCCAUAACACCCUCACAGUUGUCAUUUUAAAUUAAUUUACCAAUGGUUAACGCAUAGGAACUUUCUCUAUAAUUUAGACAGGAAAUAACUGGAGUACCUUAGAUGCCACUGUGUGGUAAUUGCUGACAAAUGUUGAAAGGUGAUCACAGUACUGGGCAGUACCACACUAAGAAAUCCACAUCCAGGAACAAGAGCCAUUGGGAUAAAAAGCUAUUUUCACUAUUUCUUCAAUUGUGCAUGUAAUUAACUGUCUAAAGCCUCUCCAGCAUAGUUUAAUUUCAAGGAUUUAGUAAAAGCCCUAAUGUUAAAACAUACACAUGCAAACUUGUGUACAUUUGUCUGAGCAAAAUACCUGAUGCAUAGUCACACUUUCCUUUGUGUCCACAUACCAUCUUGCAUGUUCAUUAGGCAUUCUGGAUUUGCAAUUGAGCACAUGCAAAUACGAGUAGGUAGUCUUGAGCACAUGUUUACAAGGCUGGCCCAAAAUUUGCAAAAAGUGUCAGUCUGUUUCUGUCUUGUUAGAAGAAAAGGAAUACUUGUGGCACCUUAGAGACUAACAAAUUUAUUAGAGCAUAAGCUUUCGUGAGCUAUAGCUCACUUCAUCGGAUGCAAAGCUGUCUGAGCAGCUCCUUGGUAUCAG